GUGUGCUGCACGCCGCAGGGGGGUCUCGGAAGUAUUCACUUACUCACCCAAUAAAUGGGAUCGCGUCAACUCACAGAGUGCGAUCUCAACCUCUCCACAACUAUAAGCUACGGUUUUCUCCGACUACUCAUUGGCCUGCCAUAUUGGGAACGGAUCUAUAUUCCCCACAAGAGACUGGUUCUUCACCACCGAGCAACUCCAAGGGUUGCUCAAUGCGGCUAGAUCCAUGUUAGGAACUCACCUCGCUUGUUGGACUGACAACUACCAUCUCUAGAUGCACUUGAAACGUUCCAGCGCUGUAUUCAUUCUGGCCUCGCUUCGCAAAAAGUAAAAUGGUUCCCCGCCAAGAUGAAGACGAUGAAGACGAUGAAGAUGACAUCUCACUCACUUCCACGGUUGAGAGUGAGCCGAAAUCGGAGUACGAUGUCGAGGAAGUCCUAGCUGAGCAGUGCUUCGACGACGGUAUCAGGUAUCUGGUGCAAUGGGCAGGCUACCCUCCUGAGAGGAACAGCUGGGAACCCUCCGAUGCCUUCACUGAUAGGCAAACGAUGAUCGACUGGCAUCGGAAAAAGAGAGAUAUUGCAGCUGGAAAGUGCCAAGGUUAUGAUGUAGAUGCCUGGAUGCAAUAUAUGGAAGACUUUGAAACAAAGAGAGAGGACCGCAAGCGCAGACGCGAAGCUAAGAGACGAAGGCUAGGAGCAUCAGCUGCUCAUGAUCACCGCCGAGAAGUAUUUGGGACAAGCAAGGAUGCGCAGAAAACUGCUUCGCAGCAACCUCUACAGAAACCUUUGUCUCGACGCCAUUCCAGCGGCCCAGGAGUACAGGCACAGAGGCCCGUUCCCCAGGAAGUACCUCCGGUCUUGUUCGGCAGUGGCAGGCCACCUCAAGCUCAUCCACAGCGUCGGAGCUCUCUCAACUCGAGCACGAGUAUGAACUCAUGCAAAUGGUUUCCAAAUCUAUCAUCGAAGUGGUGGCACCAGAAGGCCAGGGCCAGAGAGUUAGAUCCGGUCCUUGACGGCUUGGACCUGAGACGACCAUCAGAGUGGCCUGAAAACCCUCCCGUCGCCCCUACUAGAACCACCGAGCGCAUCUCAGACAUACAGCCCGCACCUGUGUCUGAACCAGAAGCCUCUGAAUCAGCUCGAAAUAGGUCUCCUGAAAAGCCGGAGGAAAACACUACUCGAGUUAUUGAGCCAGCGGACUUGCGCAGAAAACGGAACCAUGAACCAUCUAUGAGCAGACCACUUCGAAGAAAAACAAUCAUGACCCUGUCAGGCCCCCGGCUGGUAGGCCUGGACGAGCUAUUAGUUCGGAUUUUAUACGGUCCGGAUAGGAGGAUAAUAGGCACUGCUAGGCUUUGUGGCCUCGGGCAUAGGGUAAGAGCUCAGCUUAUCAAGCUCAAGAAAGGCCACAACCUUGACAUCUGGUUUCAACAUGUCUGUACGUUGGAUCAAUAUCAAGCAAUAGCUCCGAAUGCGAUGGGCGGAGCCUAUGAUAUUGGUUGGAUCGAAGGAUAUGAUGAUACUUCACCCGGUAUCCGCUCAAUGUCACAAGAUCUCAAGCAAGAAAAUACUGUGGCCAUAUACAACCUUGAAAGAGCGGGGCUGGCGUUUCUCGCUUACCCUCCUGGUUCACUCGAUUUUCAAUGUCUGAGCAAUGCACACAGGGACAUCCCCGAUGUGUAUCUUCAUGUUCAUGUUAGAGAAUCCCUGGAAUCCAUUGACCAACUUCACCAUAACACACACGCUCAAAAGUCAAACCCACGACAUCCUGAAACCGAGAUCGUCGAAUCGACCGAGAUUGUGAAUAGAUCCGACCAUUUGUCAACCACAGAGGGGCAUGAAGAGACCAGAAAGGAGUUUCCAAGGUCCAUUAAAGUGGCAGAUCAAACCGUGACAAAUCACACUCCAAAAAGUCACAUAUCCCCUGAAAAACACCCUGACCAACACGCAGCAAAGGCUACUGUGAACGCGCUCAGCCUACCGAAUAUACUCAAAGACAUCACCACCAGACCACCUCUAUCAGAACCAGCCGCUUAUGAAGCAAUGGAUAUCGAUCAUGAAGGUUCACCACCCGCUCUUAAACAGAAGACAGGUCCCGCUGAUGAUGGGUUUGAUUUGAAGACUGUCUUCAAGACACAAUUCAGGACGAAUAUUGAGACUUUACUCAAGGUGAAUGCAGGGUCCAAAACCCAAAUGGCGAAGACACUAUACCUUAUGUACCCGGAAGAUCCCCAAUAUAGUAAGGAAUUCCAGCUGUUGGCUGAGUUCCUCAACCAGUACAAUCCAGUCAUAUUUUCGAGCAAGUAUGAGGGGGACUGGGAGAAGUUUGCGCGGACCGUCACUAUCGGAGUCGUCUUCUUCCACCAGAGCUUUGCGGCCUUCCACACACUUCCAUUCCUCAAGCAGCUCCUCGUCAAAUCCUCCGUUGGUUUUUGGAGCGUUUCGUUGGCCAAGCAGCUGCAAUCCGUCGACCAUCCUACUCACUUUCAACGCAUAUUUCCCCACGGCUGCGUCAUCUUGAUGACCGAAGAUUUCAUGGAGCGUGAGCAGCAUGGGACAAUCGUCUUACUGGCCUGGAUGAACGAUUGGAUGAGGAAGAAGAUCCCGGGGUAUUGGAAGUUGAUGUUCCGCCCUAAUGUCCUGAACUGGGUUCUCCAGCAAUGCGAAGUCAGCCCACAGGCGGAUCAAGAAAAUUGGUUGACCAUGUACCGUCUGAUCUCGCAACUCUGCGUCCCCUCCGCCUACGACACCUCCUCCGGCCAAAUCCUAUCCGGCUCCACCGACGAAUACUUCGAAAGCUACGCCAUCUCCCCGCCCGAACUCCAGGGCUACGGGUCCCGCACCGAGAAAGACAACCCCGAUCUCCCCGCGGGUUUGUCGCGCGCGCACCUCGACGCCGACCACCUCAUCGAAUUCUUCGCCGGGUGGGGCCUGGUCAAUAGCCACCUCUACCGCCGAUUCGUGAUCGUCACCAGCCCCAAUCUGAAGCUCGCGCGGUGGGCUGACUGGCACCACCUUGAGCUGAAAUACAGCGCAAGGGAAUUCAUCGAAACCUUCAAGAUCGACUACAAAUACUACUGGAACAAACUGACCGAGAAGUCCGUUCCGCAGGCCGGAGGCAGGGACCUCCACAGCUACCAGGCCGCAACGCCUUACACGCCGCGUACUCCGGGCGGCCUCCGUUCGGACAAAGGGUCGAGGCUCACUCAAAUCCAGAAUGCGGCUGCGGUUCCGUAUAACUACCCCGAGCCUUACCAAUGAAGCAUCCACGAUGCGCGUGGGCUGCGUUGAUGCUGAAGCCGAUCGUGAUUGUGAACCUUAUUUGUGGUCACAACUUUCCGGGAAGCUCCAUUAAUCUGAACAGAAAUAACUUUAAAAAAAAAAAAAAAAAAAGCCCCAUUUCAUGCCAAU